CCCCAUAACCAGCGUACUAAGUUAAAUAUCGACAAAACUACAGGGGAUGUCGAAAUGAAAUUAAAACCCCAUGUGUAACUCAAGAAAAGGGCCACUGAAACAAUUCAGCUGGAAAACUAUUUUACGAUAGAAAUUAAUAAUUUAGAGAACUUAACGAAGAAGAGAUAUUGACGCUAUACAAAUAUGAUGCAGGAACUGGUCAGGAUGGAUUCGUUCAUGUUACCGUCGUCUGUGAUGCGUGCUGCUAUCGACACAGACUCCGCGCAGAAGACAGGGAUGCCGUGUGCCUUGACUUUCUCUAUCCAGGAUUUAAACAGCAGUCUCCCAACAGAUACCAUGGAUACGGACAGUUUUGGAACCCCCUCUUCUUAUAUCCCCAGUGAUAGCGACACGCCCCUCUCCACCCCCGAUACCCCCCUCACCCCACGUCACGGACUGGUGCGAUCGAACCAUUUCUUAUUCCCCGGUGAUUCCGGCUUCCACGCUAGUCAUAUCUACUCUCUAAACAGCGAAAAAGUUUCAUUGAAAAGUUCUACCAAAACUAAAAAGCGAACUUCAGUUGCUCCAAGCAAAGACGUGCUGAAGCGCAGACGACUAGCGGCAAACGCCAGAGAAAGACGGCGGAUGGAGAGUCUGAACGUAGCGUUCGAUCGUCUGCGAGAGGUGAUUCCGUCGGCGGGAGAAGACCAGAAACUAUCCAAGUACGAAACACUGCAAAUGGCGCAGAGUUACAUAGGGGCACUGCAGGAGCUACUGGAGAAAAAGUGAGAAAUUAACAGAAAUUAGACCCAAAGAAGAGACAGGGUCUAAGUAACUUACUGUACAGAAAUUUGUACAAAGUGAUAAAAGAGGAACGAGAUGGAACCGCUUUAAAAGGCCGCUCAGAAAUGUGUUCCUAAUUGUACAUCACGGGUGACACGGCGAAUAACAGGGAAACGAUAGAUUUAAAUGUGCCACUAUCUCCCCAAUCAGACCCGUGUAUAAUGGGGUGCCCCCGUCACAAUAGACGACUUCCGCUAAAAAGAACAAAAUAUUGUGAUUAUGUAACAAGAAACUGGAUAGCAUCGUCUCAUCAAGUUCGCCACUAUUGACGAGACACAAAAGACACGUCAUAAAAAUACAAAAUUUAUUCCGAUUUCUCUGAAAUUGUUAUAAUUCUGUUUAUUCGUACGGACCAUUUCUGGAAGACACCAUGCACUGCCUGACUGUACAGACUGCUUUUACGUGAAAUGCUAUAUGUAACCCAAAAAAAUUUACUGUGCCUUACACACUCUUUUGUCUAUUAAGAGCUGUGUGUUAUCAACUUUUUUGUUAUUGUAUAUUUUAUUCUUUUAUAUUGUGCUCCCUUUUCGCGCAGCUUUUUGUUCUAUGUUAACUAAUCAUA